GAUCUGAAUCUGUGAAGCAGAAUGUGGUUGAGAGUUCAGCAGAUAUCAUUGCUCUGGGUACAAGUGCUGGUACUGUUCUACUCUUCAGUGUUGAGAUGUGUGAUAUUGCUGCUAGUCUGAAGGUUUCUCUACCUAAUAUCCGCAUUCUCUCAAUAGCCUGGAGUCAUUCAUGCAAAUCCAUGAUCGUCGGAGCAGAGGAUGGAUUGGUUUCCAUAUUUUCUGCCCUUGAACUUGAGCUCAUGGUUAGAUUCCGUACUGGAGAUGACCCUGUUAAUUGUCUUGCGCUUACUCCAGACAAUAAAAAGAUUGUCGUAGGAACUAAAGAACUUCAGGUUUGGGAGAUAAGAAACCAAACCCUUCUUAAAACUUUUAAAGGUUUCUCCGGCGAAGUGACAAAGCUGUGCAGUAUUGAAGUAGGCGGUAAACCUUAUAUCCUAGCCGUAGCCUCAGAUCAAAUGAACGUGAAAGUUUGGUCCUUGGAUAAUAAGACUACUACACCCUAUCUCACUCUUGACGUAAAUCAAUCAAUCAAUCAAAUAGGAUGUCAUGUAUAUAACAAAGAUGAAAUAUUAACAACAAUCACCACAUUGGAAGGGAGCGUACAAGUCUUCAGAUAUAGAUUGAAAGGUACAAAUGGAACUACUCUACUGUGUACAAAUCUAGUUCAGAUUGCCUCGCCUAGUGGAUCCACUGUCACUAAGAUUCCUAUCCGUUGCUGUUAUUCAAAUUCUUUGGACGAAUUACACAUUGCAUAUGGGUCAUCUUCCGCUCUUGAGCUGGAUAUCCUGAAGAGUAAGGAGUUAAAACCGGUUCUUGUCAUGAACAAACCAAUGCCAACAUUAAAACAUGGAAAGGAAGUGAUGAAGCAGCAAGCAGUUUCAGAAAACUCUAAAUUCAAGUUUGUUCAUCCAGAUGCCGGAAACCUGGAGACCAUGUCGUUAGAGGAUCGUUUGACAACAUUUCAACCUAGCAUAGACAAGAAAUAUCCCAACUCGGAAACUCUGGCCCAACUUCUAAUUUCUGGGGUUAAUGACAAGGAUGACAGUGUUCUUAAAGAUUUAUUGGGUCAAGAUUUCUCUGAGGAGUUGGUUGAAGAAACAAUCGCAAAUAUCCCUUUAGACUUUGUUAUUCCGCUGCUUAGAGCUGUUUAUAGUAUGAUAAAGGGCCCGCAGUCUGGUAUAACCUCCAAGUCCCCCAAAUCCCCCAAAUCCCCCAAAUCUCCUAAGAAACAAAAGAAGCAAAGCACAACUCAAGAGUCAAGAAAUCCUGUUAUUCUAAACUGGGCGUUUAGACUGAUUAAAACACAUAUUUCAUAUCUUUCAUCCUCCCCGGGAAUAAAAGAGGAAAUUCUAAAUCCUCUUGAUGAACUUUGCACAUCCAGGAUGAUAAACAUGUUUCAAAUUUCAAAAUUGAAAAAUAGUCUGGAAAUGUUAUACGAGCAGCUGAUGGCAAACAGAAGUGGAGUGAAGAUGGUUCCAGACGCUACCCCACUUUUAGUGUAUCAAGAUGAUUCCGAGGAUGAGAUACUAGAAGAUAUGGCACUUAUUAGACCAGCCGAGGACGUUGAUCCUGAUUAUCUGGAUGAGCUCCUAAACAUUGAUGAUGAAGAGGAGGAUGAGGAAGAGAAUAUUGAAUUUCUAAGUGAAGAAGAUGAUGAGGAGAAUGAAAUGAACGGACUGACCAACGGACACAGACACACAAUGCAAUUAAUGGAUGAUAAAUGAAAACUCAAAUUUUGUUUAAAUUCUAUAUUUUUUCAUGAAUAAAAUAAAUUCAUAUUGUUGAAAACUUUA